AUGAGCCCAGCAUCAACACAACACUUGCAACACGCCUGCACUAGCAGCGGCAGUUCCAGCCCUUGUGGUCAAGCCCACGCUAGCUCCUCCAUUCGCAGUCGUCAUCAUAGUCCAGUUUCACCAACUGCUCCUGCCUCUCACGACUACCACAUGGCCGCUCCUCGACAAUCAUCACAACGCUCGGAAACAACCAUGCCUCACUCCUCCGCAGAACUCGAAAGGACACAAGUCUCGCAAUACACCGACAUGCCAUCCUCACAACCUAAUACAACAGAAUCAGCUACUCGACAACUUCAGCCACAACAACAAGCACAACAACAGCACAAGUCGAUCGCAUCUCGAUCUCCAAGUGCACAACAACAACGGCAACCACAACAAAUGCGUCUGCCCACUGCGCCACAACGUCGACGUGCUCCUGAACUUGCUACCGUGUUGUUGACCCUUGCCACUUGUCAUGUUUGUCAACGCCCUCUACACGAUCCUGUCACUCUUCCAUGCGGCCAUUCUUCUUGUCUUCAAUGUAUCAAGGAUCGUCUUUUGCCCAAGUCGAUCCCGCCUGAGGAACAGGUCAAGCCCCUUCCCUGUCUCAGCCAUCUUCCUCCACGACUUCCUCUCAGUCCCAUGACAGUAGCUUGCCCCGCCCAUGGCUGCCCACGCUCUGCCAUUGGUCGCGGCAUUGGUGCAUGGGCUGGUCACCAGCCUAGGUACGGCCUUAUCCCUACCUACACCGAGAGACUCCCCGUCGGUUCGGAAGACGUCGGUCCCGGAGCACCCCCAGCCGAUGGCUUCGUCAUGGGCGUCGCUGAUCACCCACUUCGACUCACCGUCAUUGGCCCUCAGACACGAUCCAAGGCUCAUCUCUUCGCCCUUCCACCACACGGCGUUGACUCCAACUCAGCAACCGCAGCUGGCCAACAACAGAUGGCUGCCACUCGGCUACCUUCCCUCGCUACCUGCAAUUUGCUUCGCCCUGACGUUACACUCAGCAAAGCCGUUGCCAUCUUGAUGCACUAUGCUUCCUCCCCACUGCCCCGCCCUCCUCGGCAACGUCGUGGUGCAGCUGGCUCAAGCCGACCCUCUUCCAGCAGCAGCUCGAGCUCACAAUACUCUCGCCCCGGCGCAGCACGCGAUACCAACGAUCAGUCGGCUUACUCGGCCCGAGCACGCGGCGCAGUGCCCAGUCGUCGUUCUUUGCAAUCUCGACCUACCUCUCGCCGUCUCGCAGCCACUGCCCCUUCCUCCGCUGCUGCCUCUUCCCGCAGGUAUCACCCAUCAGGAAUGUCGCAAGCUGGCAUGGGCAUUUUUGGCAGAAACGAGUCGGACUUGGAAAGUGGUACUGUUGGUGGAGUUCGUGCUGCUUACGAAUCCGACGACCAACACAUUCCUGCUGACGGCACUUUCUUCGAUGACAGCGACGACGAUCCUAGCACUGACACGGCACAUCAAAGGUCCACCCCUCAUGGCCGUACUCACUCUAUGCACAUUCAGGUGGACCGCGACCAAGACAAAGAAUGCUGGACCCUUCACGCCGGCACUGACGAAGAGCACACCGAAGAGGAGGACGAUCGACUUUGGCCUGAUCAUGUUGGCGGAGCCUUCUCUCGCCCUCCCCUCUCUGCUGCUGCAAUUCGCCGACGUGACAAAGCUCGACUGAAACGACGCCGCGGCCGAGGCAGUGAUGACAGCACUUUGAGCGCCGCAGCAUCCUUCAGGAAAGGCAAUGCAGCUCACACCAAAGGCAAAGUCGCUAAACGAGAUCCUUCGCAUUCGGUCGAAGAGGCAGUUGGAUGUCAUGUCGAUUCGGCUGUCAGUCAUGGUUUGCAUGGCGAGCAUGCUUCUGAAGCUUUGGUUGACGCCGUCCGUCGACGUCGUGCUCAGCAAGCGCUUGCAAGUAACAGCAACGCCAGCAAAGUCGAGUCCGAUGCUGAUGCAGACGACGCCAUCGCUCGCAACCGCAACAUUGAAGCCAAGCACAGUCUUGCGCUCUCUUCUAGAGUUGGCGUCAAUGGCGAGCCUCUUAUCCAGACCGUAGCCACGCUUCACUCUGAGCUGGCUGAGGUGCUCGAAUGUCAGCUCUGCUACUUGCUUCUCUACGAUCCUCUCACCACCCCAUGUGGUCACACCUUCUGCAAGUCGUGCUUCGCCCGCAGUCUCGACCACGCUGACAGGUGUCCCCUGUGCCGUGCCGACAUGCCCAACUUCUCCUUUUUCCAGGAUCACCGACCCAACACUGCACUGCUCAAGAUUCUCACUUCGGAUACAGCUACCUUCUCGGAUGAGGAUGGAAUGCACUCGGACUCGACACAGGAGGCCAAGCAUGUUGCCCCCAAUACCUACGCAGGCAUUUCGAUUGCCAUGGGUUCAGGAGGCGAUGCUGCAAAGCAUGUUGACAAUGCUUCUCGACGUGCUGGCUACAUGAUUGAUGAUGAUCCAGAGACAGCACCCCAUCACUAUGGCUUCAAGCGUCUCUACGAGCAACGCAAAGCCGCGAUCCAGCAGGAAGAGCGGGAAGCUCGUUUGUCGACACCAAUCUUUGUUUGCACUCUUGCCUUCCCUGGCAUGCCCACCAUCUUGCACAUCUUCGAGCCUCGAUACCGUCUUAUGGUUCGUCGUUGUCUCGAGAGCGGCAACCCACGAUUCGGCAUGGUGCUGCCUUGGAGAAACAACGGCGGCACCGAAGAGUACGGAACCAUGCUCGAGAUCAAGUCGGUGCAGAUGCUCGCCGAUGGACGAAGCAUGCUCGAGACCGUUGGAUCGUACCGCUUCCGUUUGUUGGAGAAGGGAUCGCUUGAUGGAUACACCGUGGGCCGCGUCGAGCGAGUUGACGACAUUUCGCUCGAAGAAGAGGCAGAGCUCGAACGUUCAGUGCUCAUGCGCCGUGCAGAGCUGGACAAGAAGAAAGCUGCUAAAGCAGUUGAGCCUCCUCCUUCUCAGCCCAUGUCUUGUUCUUCCUCUGCUCCCGUUCGCACCGUGCCUAGCGGUAGCAAUGAGGCUGAAGAGCAGCAAGCUUCGUUGACACGACCCGAGAUGUUGCGUGCCGAAAGGGAUGUUCUUUCUAUCUACCAAUCCGACCCUUCUGCUCCUCAGCACCAGGACGACUGGCACCCUGAGGAUCCUGAUGCGAACACUCCUGCCGCUGACACUGCCACCAAUAACAGCAACACUGCCCCUGAAGAGCAGGAGCAGGAGCAAGAAGAAGAAGGAAUGUUACCUUUCAAACCAGUACCUGCGGAACCAUCGAUCGAAGAACUCACCGCAAUCUGCACUUCCUUCAUCGAAACCCUUCGUUCAGGUUCGGCUCCUUGGCUUCUCUCCCGUCUCAACCACACCUACGGCCCGAUGCCUUCCGCUGACCAAGUUGAGAGGCUAGGUUACUGGAUGGCUCUAGUUAUGCCAAUUGACGAACAUGAGAAGGCCAAAUUGCUUCCCAUCAGAAGUCGAAGAUUGAGGCUCUGCUUGGUGGUGCAUUGGAUCGAACAGUUGAGGCAGAGUUGGUGGUUCAAUAGCGGAUGCACUGUUUCCUAA